CAAUCAUCAAUCCACCCUCCAUCUCUCUCGCUCCCUCUCUGCCCAACAUGCACGCCAUCCUCUACUGUUUAGUGACAUUUAUCUUCAUCUUUCAUGCACCAAUAUUUCUGACCGAAGCCAAAAUCUCUGGUUUAAAAACCUUAUUAGGCGGUCUCCAGAAAGUAAAUAUCCACCACAAAUCCAACCGACAUUCCUUCCCACUCCCCAAACGAGAAAACUUAGGCCGCUCCUCUAAUUCGCCACCAAACAACUUCCCGCCGCCCCGCCGUGAAUCCCCAUCAAGCUACUCCUCCUCGCCCAGCGAUUCCCCACCAAACCACUUUUCCCCUCCCGGCCGUAAAGCCUUAGGAAACAUAACCGACAUAGAGUUAACCAUCACCGAAGCCGACGGCGAGUACCUCAUCGACCUCUCCAUCGGCACCCCACCGGUGUACCGGGCCCUUGUCAAGGCCGACACCGGCAGCGACCUCACGUGGAUCCAAUGCUAUCCCUGCUAUAACUGUUAUAGCCAAGACGCCCCAUUCUUCGACCCGCCCAAUUCCUCCACGUACGGAGUCUAUCCUUGCGACUCGGACCCUUGCAAAGCCUUGCCCUAUUACGCAUGCCUCAACAAAUUCGACCUGCAGGAAAAAAACGCAUGCGGGUACUACGCCUCGACUGGCAUUGACACUUUCAGCAUUGGCUCUCUUUCCCAUGACACCAUCGCCUUCAACUCCCGUGCGGGUUGGGUCCGCCCCAUCAGCCAAACCAUCUUCGGGUGCGGGUUUAUCAACGAAGCCACCCUUGCGACCGAAGUGUCGGCCGGUGUAGUAGGUCUCGGGGUCGGACCCUUGUCUCUGAUUAACCAACUGGGUCCUAAAAUCGACUACAGAUUUUCCUACUGCCUUCUUCCCAUCGGUUCCAACCGGACCAGCAAGUUGAGUUUGGGGAAACAAACGAUCGCCCGUAGAAGAGGCGUAGUUUCUACCCCUCUCAUUACGUUUCAAAACGUAUCCCGUUACUACGUGACUCUUCAAGGGGUUACCGUGGGAAGGGAAGCGUUCUCGGCGGCGGGGAAAUACGGGAGCAACGGGACUACCGCAAUUUAUUCCGGGAUGCUGUUGACGCUUCUGGAACCAAACUUGUAUAGUGAUGUGGAAGCGGCGGUGAGGAAGAGUCUUGGUCAUCUUACCCCGGUGAAGCUGCCCGCGGGUUAUCCAGAAUUGUUGUGUUAUGAAGCGGAUCCCCGGCGGGUUAAGUUUCCGGACAUGGCGUUCCAGUUUGGUGAGGCGGGUCUAGCGUUAAACUUGACGACGGCGAACGUGUUCCUGAUGGGGGAGGAUUGGUUUUGCAUGGCAAUUCUGCCUUCUGUGUCGGAUGUGUCGAUGAUCGGGAGCGUGGUGCAGACCAACUUCGAGGUGGAAUUUGAUAUUAAGAAAAAGCUUGUCUCGUUUGCUCCGUCGCAUUGUGCUGCUGAAGCGUAGUUUAUAGAGUUGAUGAGUUUGUGAUCCCUGUGCCCGGACUAUCUAUGUAGCUGAUAGGAAUGAAAAGAUCAUGAAACUAUAUGCAUAUAUGUGUGCAUGGGAGCGUUUGUAUACUUUUAGUUGUGUAGAAGGAUAUAGUGUGAGCCUUCAAUAAAUUAAAAAUAAUAAUAAUUAAUUAUGAAUAAAGUGAAUGAUGUUGAUAGUUUUCUA